GAGCUGCCAUCCUUUGGAGGUGUGUGAAGCCCCCUCUCUGCCCAGAGUGCCAGUCCCAAUGCGUCUUCCCACCACCACAAACCACUGAGAGAUUCAGGGCCCCACUCGCAGAAGACCUGUCCUGUCAUCACCAUGAGCUCUGAAUGUGAUGUUGACGCUUCUAAGGCCGUGGUGAACGGGUUGGCACCAGGCAACAACGGGCAAGAAAAAGCCACCACCAGCCCUUUACGCGCACGCUCUGUUUCGGCCGUUAAAAUAAUCCCCGUGAGGACAGUGACAAACUCCGCAGACCUAGUCCUCCGCACAGACAUGGAUCCUACAAAAAUCUGCACGGGGAAGGGAGCGGUGACGCUAAGGGCCUCGCCCUCCUACAGAGAAACCCCAAACACUAGCCCCGUGAGCCCUCAGGAAGCGCCAUCUGCUGAGGGCAAACCAGGUCUGGAGCCAGAGACUUCCUCAGCAGAUGAGUGGAGACUUUCUUCCAACGCGGAUGCCAAUGGAAACGCCCAACCCUCUUCGCUUGCUGCCAAGGGCUACCGAAGCGUGCAUCCCAACCUUCCUCCCGACAAGCCCCAGGGCUCAAGUCCUCUAUUAAAUGAAGCUUCCUCCCCCCGCAUCGGAACGGAUGCCCAGCCCUUGACACCGGUCAGCAAGCCAUCCUCUGCCUACCCCUCCACCACCAUCGUCAACCCGACCAUUGUGCUCUUGCAGCACAAUCGAGAACAGCAAAAGCGACUCAGUAGUCUCUCAGAUUCUGGCCCAGAACGAAGAGUAGAAGAACAGAGCUUGGCGCCCACCCAGGAAAAACCCACCUCACUGGGCAGGGCUUCUGAAAGAAAGGCCCAGGAUGGCGCCCGGCGUAUAGUGAGGAGUGCUCAGGACCUGCGCGAUGCGCCCGUGGAUGAAGUGGGCCUCCCGCUCCGGAACACCGAAAGAUCGAAGGACUGGUACAAGACUAUGUUUAAACAGAUCCACAAGCUCAACAGAGAUGAUGAUUCAGAUCUGUAUUCUCCUCGAUAUUCCUUUUCUGAAGACACAAAGUCUCCCCUUUCAGUGCCUCGCUCAAAAAGUGAGAUGAGCUACAUCGAUGGUGAGAAGGUAGUUAAGAGGUCCGCCACGCUACCGCUCCCAGCUCGCUCUUCCUCCCUCAAGUCGAGCCCAGAAAGAAACGACUGGGAGCCUCCAGAUAAGAAAGUGGACACGAGAAAAUACCGUGCUGAGCCCAGAAGCAUUUACGAAUAUCAGCCGGGCAAGUCCUCCGCUCUCACCAACGAAAAGAUGAGUCGGGAUGUAAGCCCAGAAGAGAUAGAUUUAAAGAAUGAACCUUGGUAUAAAUUCUUUUCGGAAUUGGAGUUUGGGAAACCGCCUCCCAAAAAGAUAUGGGAUUAUACUCCUGGAGCCUGCUCUAUCCUUCCUAGAGAGGAUAGAAAGACUAAUCUAGACACAGAGCUCACCCUCUGCCAAGCAGAGUUAGAGGCAGAUUUAGACAAAGUGGAGACGCUUAACAAAGCACCCAGUGCACACCUGGCCCAGAGCUCAGCAGUCAGCCCCACUCCGGAAGCGUCAUCAGAGCCUCCUGGAUAUAUCUAUUCCUCCAACUUCCACGCAGUGAAGAGGGAAACCGAUGGGUCCCCGGGGGACCUCGCCGGCUUGGAGAACGAGAGGCAGAUUUAUAAGAGCGUCUUGGAAGGUGGUGACAUUCCUCUGCAGGGCCUGAGUGGGCUCAAGAGACCCUCCAGCUCGGCUUCCACUAAAGUGGACCGUAAAGGUGGGAAUGCUCACAUGAUUUCUUCAUCCUCGGUUACUAGCCGAACGUGUAACACUAGCCAUGCCUUAGGCCCCGGGUGUAAGCACAAGAAGCCCCUCUCGGCCGCAAAAGCCUGCAUUUCGGAAAUCCUCCCUUCCAAAUUCAAACCCCGGCUCUCUGCUCCCAGCGCUCUCUUGCAGGAACCGAAGAGCCUCCUGUUGCCUUCGGAGAAGGCUCAGAGCUGCGAGAACCUUUGCGGUUCAGCAUCGCUGGGCCAUCCCCGCCGGGGCCUCCCUCUGCACGCGGGGGGCAGCAUCGAGAACCUGCUCUGGCGCUCGCGGCGGGACUGCGACAGCCGCUCGGGCAGCACCAUGAGCCUGCAGGAGUACGGCUCCAGCGGUCGCAGGCCUUGCCCGCUCUCCAGAAAGGCCGGCGUGCAGUUCUCCAUGUUGUACCGGGACAUGCACCAGAUCAACCGGGCCGGCCUCCUCCUGAGCUCGGGCGCCUCCUCCGCCUCCAGCGUGCGCGACCUCGCCUCGCACUUUGAAAGGAGCGGCCUGGCGCUGGCCAGGGACGAGCUGGGCCCUGGGCAGGAGGGCUCGGAGCACAUUCCCAAGCACACCGUGUCCUCCCGCAUCAGCGCCUUCGAGCAGCUCAUCCAGCGCUCCCGGUCCAUGCCGUCCCUGGACCUGUCGGGCAGGCUGAGCAAGUCCCCCACGCCCCUGCUGGCCCGGAACGGCCUGAGCGCCGCGCGCUCCGCCGAGUCCCUGCUGGAGUCCACCAAGCUGCGGCCCCGGGAGCUGGACGGUGUGAUGAGCCCCCGGCGGGUCUACGCCUCCGCGACGUGUAGCAACGUGGCGGACCCCGCCCUGGGCUUCAGGGCCCUCGGGCCCGCCGACCCCCUGUCGGCCUGCUCGGAAGAACUGGACCACUGUUCGAACGCGUCCAGCGACAGCCGAGAGGGCAGCGUGCACGGAGACGUCCCCAGACACCGCCCCAACAAGUGCAAGGGCCCCUGCCCGGCCUCCUACACGCGCUUCACCACCAUCCGCAAGCACGAGCAGCAGCAGGGCCCCAGGCUGCCCGAAGGGCGCCCCUCGGAGCCCAGGGGGGACAAGAGCAUUCUUCUCCGGAACAUCUACCUGAUGAGCCCCCUCCCCUUCCGGUUGAAAAAGCCCCUCCAGCAUCCCCCAAGACAGCCUACCCCCACGGACUCCGCAGGCCUCUUGGCAGGCCAGAAGGCAGAGCAGCCCUGCCCCUGGGGGAAGCCCUUGGUGCCCGAACGCCUGUCUUCCCGGCUGGCCGUGGAGCGCCUUCGCCUUAGCAGGGGCUCGGAGCCUGGGUCGGAGGACUGCCCCAGGGCCAUUAGCAAUGGGCACGCCGUGCCCUUCCCAGACCACGGCCUGGACAAGAACAACAACCCACAAAGUGACCUGGGGACGGCCGGCCGAGAUUCCGAGUCACCCAGACAUUUUAUACCGGCUGACUACUUGGACUCCACGGAGGAUUUUAUUCGAAGACGGCACGAUGACAAAGAGAAACUUUUAGCGGACCAGAGACGACUUAAACGCGAGCAAGAAGAGGCCGAUAUCGCUGCUCGGCGCCACACGGGCGUCAUCCCGACACACCAUCAGUUUAUCACUAAUGAGCGCUUUGGGGACCUCCUCAAUAUAGACGAUACGGCAAAAAGGAAAUCUGGGUCAGAGAUGAGACCUGCCAGAGCCAAAUUUGACUUUAAAGCACAGACACUAAAGGAGCUUCCGCUGCAGAAGGGGGACAUCGUUUACAUCUACAAGCAGAUUGACCAGAACUGGUACGAAGGCGAGCACCAUGGCCGGGUGGGCAUCUUCCCACGCACCUACAUCGAGCUUCUCCCUCCUGCUGAGAAAGCUCAGCCCAAGAAGUUGACACCGGUGCAGAUUUUGGAAUAUGGCGAAGCUCUUGCUAAGUUUAACUUUAACGGCGAUACCCAAGUGGAAAUGUCCUUCAGAAAGGGGGAGAGGAUCACACUGCUCCGCCAGGUGGAUGAGAACUGGUAUGAAGGGCGGAUCCCAGGAACGUCCCGACAGGGCAUCUUCCCCAUCACCUAUGUGGACGUGAUCAAACGGCCACUGGUGAAACCCCCCAUGGACUACAUUGACCUGCCUUUCUCCUCCUCCCCAAGUCGUAGUGCCACUGCAAGCCCACAGUUCCCCCAGCGCAGCAAGCUCAUCAGGCCAGCCCUCCCACCUCCGCCCACCCCUUGCCGAACCGUGUCCCCUGAGAUGCGUGCUAUCACCUCCGAGUGGAUCUCGCUGACUGUGGGGGUCCCCGGCUGGCGUCCCCUGACCCUGACCCCACCCCUGCCUCCUCUGCCAGAGGCAUCUCUCUAUAACACCGACCCCCUCGCCUUGUCGAGGAGGGCCAUUCCCUCCCUGCCCCUCAGCCUCCCUCCCUCUGGUUGGUCAGAUCGGUCUACCCCCUACUUGGGAGUUUCCCCACUGGCCCUGCCUCAGCCCCACCAACGCUACACCCCGGCACCCAGUGCUCAGGCCUCCCUUCACGUCAACGGGGACAGUGGUAUCCACUUAGCGCCUUCAGGUGUCCGCCAGGAUAGCUUCUCCCAGCCACUCUUUGGAAGUUCUGAGAAGGUCAUCUCGGAGCUUAGUGAUGCCUUUAGCAACCAGAGCAGGUGGCAGCAAUGGAAGGACGAGAGCAGACAGCUCGAGAGGCAAGCAGAGAAGGAGGCAGGUGAGAGAUGCCCUGGCGGACCCAAGAUCUCUCAGAAGAACUGCUUGAGACCGUCAGAUGUGGUCAGGUGCCUGGGCACUGAACAGAGACUCUCAGAGUUCCACCCCUCUGAGGAAGGCCGGCCCCGCAAGUCCCUGGGUAGCCUCUCUCCCGGAAGGGAGGCUGAGCACACAGAGCUGCAUAGAGGUGGCGAGCAGGCCGAAAGGAAAGCUGCUUUGAGUGGUGUGAGCCAGCCUUCUCAUCAUUCAUUGAGAGCAGGACCUGAUCUCACAGAAUCUGAAAAGAGCUAUGUGGAAGCAGUCUGCAAUGAGAUCAUAAACAUUGCCGAAAAGUCUGUCCGUUACUGCAGCACUGUUUCUCAUCCCCUUGACUUUCGUCACAAGGUGUCCCCUUUUGACAAUAAAUCAUCUUUAAUCAUUUCUCAGCAACCUCAAGCCCAGCAGCGAAGAGUCACCCCAGACAGGAGUCAAACCUCACAAGAUUUAUUUAGCUACCAAGCCUUGUAUAGCUAUCUACCACAGAACGCUGAUGAGUUGGAACUCCGAGAUGGAGACAUCGUUGAUGUCAUGGAAAAAUGUGACGAUGGCUGGUUUGUUGGUACGUCACGAAGGACAAGGCAGUUUGGUACUUUUCCGGGCAACUAUGUAAAACCUUUAUAUCUGUAAGAAGACGGAAAACUACCGGGAUUUUCUUUUCCAGUUUUCACCGGAGGACAAUGCAUAAUUCCUGAACCAGGCUCUUUGCUCUUAAACGCCAAGUCACUAGGCUAAUUCCUGCAGUGGAUAAAGUGAGACGCAGAUGCAGAGGGGCACAGAGAAGGGUUGUGUUUGAACCCAAGCCUGUCAGCCCCUGGUGUGCAUCCGCAGCCAGCGGGGGCGGGGCUGCAUCACAUGCUGAGGGAAAAGGAAUGUGGCAGAGCCCUGUGACUUAGCUGUUUGGGGGGCCACCACCCUCCCCUCCCCCACCUCUUGGGGGCCUGGAGCAUUGUCUGAGAAAGAGAGCUAGGCCAGAAAUGCCUGCUGCUGCCCCACCCUGACCGGCCUGACUCCAGGGGACCCUUCAGAGAGCCGGGCAGAUCCCCGGAGUCAGGGCCCCAGGUCGUGGUGGCAGAUGGUACAACUGAAGACAUGCGGUUAGGAAAUGUGUUCCCAUUCGGACAGAAAAGCACACAGGGUUUGCCCUGGGGGAGCUGGUGGCCAGACCGAUAAGCUACACUUAGAUUUCCUGGGUGGG